GUCAGUAGUCCUACGUUAGUUAGUAACAACACGUGUUUUUAACAUGAAAAAUUUGUAGCCAUAUUUAAUAUACGCAUUUAACAAGUGCAUAUAUUUUUGUAACAUUAUUAUUUUUCUAUAAUUUCGAUAAUACAAACGCGCAUUUCCCAGUAUUUUUGUGUACUGUAUUCACAACAAUAACAAAUUAGUAUCGAUACUUUUUCGUGUGCUUGCCUUUUGACUCGCUGUCAAUACUUGUAUGUGAACGAUACGAGUAUAAAUUGGAACACAAGUGAAAAGACAUCAAGACACAACGAUCGUACAUUAGUUGUUUAAUAUUCACUGCUGUUUUUGGUUCCAAAAUAACGUAAAAAGUAACUGUUAACGGUAUCACAAUGCAUUUGACAAAACAUCAACUAAAGAUAAUUCCACUCAUUCAACGUAAAUACAAUGUGUCGAUUGGAUUUUUAAAAUCGAAUUUGGGCAACAUUGAAAAAUUCCUUUGGUAUGCAUUAAGUCCACGCUUGAUUAUCAAGCGUGUUGCUAUACGAAAAGGGAGCAAACAGCGUGUUAUUUUAAACUAUUACCAUUUGAGGAGGGUUUUAUUUGAUCAAGCCGAACGCAAAGUAUUUAAAACCCGAAGGCGAAAUGUACAACUUUGGUCCAAACAAAUGGUUUCUUAUCUGCGUCGAAAAUACGGCGUUAAAGAACAUAUUGAAAUAACCACACUUAGUGAUAAUACAGAAACGAUAAAUAAACAACAGGAAGAAAUAGCUAGCGGUGCAAAUAUGGCGCCGGACGAAGUGAGUAAACAAUUGAAAGAGCAAUUGGAAAUACUGCGUAGCGGCAAACGAACAGUGCCGCUCAUAGAAAGUGAGACCAAAUCAAUUGUGGAUGAGCUGAGGAAAGAUGCAGUAGAUGCAGCAACUAACAACAUACCUUUCCAGACAACAGCAUUGCUGAGUCAGUGCGCUACAAAAAAUGUAGAUGAUAGCAAUCAAUUUAGCCAUAUUACUUCAAAAGUAUUAGAUAAGACUGAAAGCGUCGUCCAAAACACAUUGGAGACGACGCCAGAAAAACAAAUUAUGAGCAGUGACGAAACACGCUCAGAACAACCAAAGCAUAGCUACAAAGCAGAUAGAAAUAUGGAUAUUGACGGCGAGAGUGUUGAAUUGCCGCCCGUAGAUGCAACUAUCAAAAUUAGUGCAGAUUUUGCAACAAAAUCCGCAACUGAAAUGUUGCAACAAUGUGCCGAUAAGAAAACAGCCAGAUCGUUAAGUAGCAAUAGUAAUUUUUUGGAUAUGCUCAUGAAUAAGGUGCGUGGCAACAAUGUGCACACAGAGACCGCUAACAAUACGAAAGCUAUACAGACGCCGCCCACAGCUAAGGAAUUAGUUGAAAUAAAUGCGUAUAAAACGCCCGAUAAUAACGAACAUUUUACCGAUUCCGGUGAAGAGUUCUUCGGUUUCGACGAGACAGAGCGUCUACCCGGCAUGUUGCUUACACCACUUGUACCGUUUUCGGCGCAAUCCAAGGGUAAUGCCAAUGUAGCUUUCAUCAGUGAGUCAUUGAAUGAGUUUAUGCGUGAAAAUUUGCUUGAAAGUAGCGAUUGUGUUGCUGACGGCAUUGAUAAUGCUGCUGGUCGCAAACAUCGUCAGGCUACAUUGGAUGGCUUGGUUACGCCCGAAUGUAUGCCGCCGCAAAUGCAGAUGCCUUUAGUGCCAGAAAGUUUGCAAAAGUUACGUACGGUCGCUGAGAGACGUCAGUUUUUGCAAAAAUUCAACCGCAAUCAUAAGUUGGCAAUCAUAAAUAAUGAGGCGGCCAUUUGUCGAGAGCUACAGCGCAAAAUACGCCAUCAAAAAUCAAAAAGCGUCUCUCAACAGUCCUUACAGGCACCGAAUUCUCAAAUGCCGUUUACACGUCAAGGUUGGCAAGCGGCCUCAUUCGUUACAACGGAAUUUAAUCAUUAUUACUAUCAAACCGUUGAUGUGAUUGAUGGUAAUGAACGCGAGCGCGUACGAUUGCCGGGAGUUCGCGGCAAUAAUGAGGAACGUAAUAAGCGACCAUAUCUCAGUCGUGUGUCGUGUCAAGUUUUGCGUAAUAAAUGCAAUAUAAACAAUUGCAGCGAUGCUUUGAUAGGACGAGAUUUGAAACCUGUAAAAGCCGAACCGGAUAGAAAAAAACUGAAUAAGACACCACUGCCGAGUGUGUUCAAACCCUGCCCACUAUCACAUAAGCCCUUCCAAAAACCGUUAGAUGAUGAGACUGCACCAUUGUUAUUGGCUGGCGGUAGCAUGGCAGUGGUGCGCAUGCCAAUUGUGGAACUAGAAGUUUUUCCUGCUCUCGGCAAACCACUACACGACGUGGCCAAACGUUAUCUAGAUUAUAUACUCCCACACUGUGAUAUAACGCGUGAAUGGGCUGAGUUCAGCGUAUCUACAUUACAAUUAUCUGCUGAUUAUAAGAAAACUGAUGAUCAGUCAAAACAACAAGCGGGUGAUGAUAUGAAAAUAGCCAAUGCAUCAUACACAUUUCCUAUUCCAUAUAUGAACGAUCGCAGUCACAUUUUGGUGCGUCGUGUAGUUGAUCGCUCGGAGAAGCUGGAUGAAACAUUUGAGGCGACUACAUCACCUACGGAAGAUUUUUCGUUUCGCGCUAAUAUUGAUGAAAGCGAUAGCGAAUUGGUCGAGUGUGCUGAUGUUCUAAGUGAGAUGAUAAACAGCGUCGCUAUUAGUUGCAGUGAGAAUUCGUUUAUAAAAAUAGAUCCAGAUGGUGUGCAAACCGAUAAGGAGGAGGAUGUAGAGUUGAAACAAGAGAAGGUUGCCGGCAAAGUGAAAGAGGAGAAAAGUUGCAACAUCAAAGCUACGGAUGAUUCUAAGUUAGUCAAUCAAGCUGCGGCAAAUAAAAAACAAAACCGUCUGCUAUUGGAACUACGUCGCCUAAAUGCAACUAUAAUUGAUGCAGCUGUAAAAGCUGAAAAAGGAGCAAAGCCUUGUACAAAGGAAUAUUGUACAUUUGGUUGUAUUUGUCAAAGUCUUGCCGAUGACUAUCCUUUGCGUCAACAUUGUGGCAAGUCCAAGUGUGUCAUAGAGUGCACCUGCAAAACGCCAUCUCAAUCUCGCAUAAUGCGUCUAGAAACAGAUGGCCGCUCAAUCACAACUGAAGACGCUUUUAUGCUACGCAGACAGGCUACGGCGCGUCUAGCACGUAUGGAGAAAGAAUUUACAUCCACAGUGGUGUUAACUGAAAAUGAAACACUACUAAUCAAUGAAUCACAAUAUGAUAAGAAGCGACGUUGUACGAAAGCGCCAAAGCGCUACGAAGAUUUUGCCGACACGGAAGAAGAUUAUGCGCGAACUUCAGCAAACACACCGCCAAAGAAAACACAAAAUACCGCCGUUGUGGCAAUCGAAGCAGCAACGGACACGACUUUGAGUUCUGGAUUUUCUGAGACAACUACCGAACUACGUGAACCCAUAUAUGUCAACGAUAAAGUGUUGGAGAAACUCAAGCAUUGCACGGUGCCACUAAUACGUUUUGAUAAUACACAAAAUAUGGCGGUGUGGUGCAUGGUGCAUGAGUUAUACAAAUGUUAUUGUGGCGGUCGUGCUACCGAGGGCAAACCGCUCGUUAUCGAAAAGGAUAGCAAUGUGACCACUAACAAUGAACAAACGAAUGUUGGAAAUAAACAAAACGCUUCCACAGAUGAAGAAUACAUUGUUACCUCCACGAAGGCACGUUAUUCAUUUGAGACAGUCGAACAAACUGUAGAUGAAGCAGACGCAGAGUUGCGCGAAGAAAAUGAGAUAUUCCGAAAAAGGAGAGAAAAAAGAAAAAGCGCCGAUCGUAAAUCUCAAGGCAGUGUUGUGCGGUAUAAUAGUACCGAUGAUGAACGUGAUGAAAGUGAUAGGGAAGAUGAUAUGCUGGAAGAAUCGUUGGGUUCAGAAUUCGCUGGGGAUAAUGGUCGCGCAAAACGGCCAAAACUGGCAAAACGGCUAGAACGACGUGGACGCCCAAGCGAGCUUACCUUCAUUAAUAAAUAUUUCAUUACCGAAGCGGACGGCUGCCGGCGUGUGGUUGUGGUGCCGCGCAAAACCUACUUACGUAUAAAUCGCAAACGGCGUAUAGAAGUUGAGGAAUUCAUAGCGAAGAACGAGAACAAACAGAGUAUGCUGUUGCUGAAUGAACACAUAAUGCGUUCAGUUUACUAUCACAAACAUGAGGUGGAGAAGCAGCGUAAAGAAGCAGCACAGGAAUCGCUAUUACUUACGAAGAAACGUAAAUUAAAUGAUAACGAGUUAACGGGAACGGAGGAUGCUUCAAACAAAGAGUCGAAGAAAGAAACGAUAGAGCCAGUGAAGAAGAAACCGUUGCAGAAAACAAUACGACAAGUUGUCGAAUUGAUUGAUGAAGAUUCCAGCCGGUCAUCGCUUUCUUCCAUACCUUCAUUGCCCGAUGGCAAGGCAACAGCUGACACAAAACUACAGAAUAAACGUAAACGACUAGAAGAACGCAGCUUGCAGAACGCCAACAAAAUUGAAGAAGACCCUGCAGUGCAAGAUAAUAGCGCUCAUAUUGAGGAAGCUAGUAGUCCUACCAGCACCACAGCCGAUUUGAAAAAUACACAGAACAAAAAAAGUGAAAACGCUAAGUUAUCCGAAAAGGCGCUCACUAUCAGCGACGAUGACGCACAACCGUCGGUGUCAUCUACGGUUUCAGAAGGUGCCACAGACAUCAGCACAGCUGGCACGGAGUGUGCGGCAGCGGUAGCUUUAAGCAUGCAACCAACACAAUCGCUUUCAACUUCACGUAUGGAUUUCUUCCGCGACGUAGUGCGUAGUAUGAAUAAUUUGGUAAACAAAAAAAUGCAAGAUAUCGGUUUAGCGUUAAAACGUGAAAGCAAAGUCAUACCUGCACCGAAUAACGACAUACUGUGCAUAAUAAAAUGGUCGAACUUUUUGGACGCCUUUAUUGAGGGUUUCGUUUUCAUAUGGCAAGUUAAGCUGCGCGAUGAACAAACUUUCUUUGCUGCGACAAUAACUAAUAUGAUGCCAAUGGUAUUGGAUGCUGUCGGUGUGGUGAAUAUAGCAGCAUUACCAAUGCAACAAUUGCCCUUAAUGGGACGCAUGUUGCUGCAACGCUGUCGCACACCGCAAACACGUGAUCUGGCGAUUGUAAUGCAAGGGCGCGCAAAAUAUUGGCUCGUUAAGGGUUUCUUGCGUGCAGAUAAGUCUAGCGCGUGUGCGAAGCCAACACCAAAGACACAUCCACUGCUUACGCGUAAAAUUAAUGUUUUAUCUAGCUUGUUAGCUAAGCAACAUAUUCGUGAACUAAAUAAAAAGGUCGCACAGAAACAGCUAGAGGAGCUUACUGAAGCCAACGAAGUGAACGAACCAACAGCAACUUCUACACAAAAUAUCGCAGCUGCUCCACAAUCUUUGUUGCGUACACAGCCACCACCGUUAGCUCAUUUGGAGAAAGAGACAAAAGCUACACAAAACAACAAAAUCAUACUGCAAACUGCAAAGACAAAAUUAACCGAAGCAGUUGAAAGUAAGAACACGCUACAAAAGAAACCACAACCGGCGAUAUUGCGUGCUAGCGCACCAACUGGUACAGUCAGUACAAAAACCUUAGAUGCAACGCAAAAGCUCAAAUCAGGCAACGGCUUAUCGAUGUUGCAAGAACUGAUUGGCAACAACCAGUAUUCGGAAAUGAAGACAAACAUUGUCUUUCGCAAAGUAAUGUCUCACGAUAUUGAUGAAAUGAAUGUACUAGAUAUUACAACGGAACCGCAUCGUUGGCUAGUGCUGGAACUCUAUAGAGAUUUUUCGCAUAUAUAUGUGCCAGAUUUUCAAGAGCUAGUGUCUCUCGAUCGCAUACAGAAAGUGAUGGCAUUCAGUAGGCAAAAGCAGAAGAUUGUCAAGUUGCAAUUCUUCAAGGAUGCAGCAUACGAUGCGUUCGUGAUACCAAAUUCGGAACGCAAAAUUUUCUUUGGCCCGCUAAAACUGAAUAUGCCACCGCCAUUACUGAUUUUGCUACAAAGCGUUGAUCGCAAGAUGAUGCUACGCGAAACAUAUCAGCAAAUGCACAAUAUACAAGGUGGUGCAAAAGAGAGUACAACAGCAUUUUGGAUUGUGCGCAAAAACGGGCAGGUUUACGUGGACCAUAAUUUAGAUGGCUGCGCCGCAGAUGCCACAAACUCUGAAAAGGCGCCUUUGGAAGAAGCGCAAGCCAAGGAAACUGUGCAGCUACCUGAAUCGGAUGAUGAUGAUUGUAUGAUUGUUGAGGAUGAAGAACCAUCAGGUUCAUUUUCCGCACUCGAGCCACUGCCACAAACUAACAUUACAGUGAAGCCAUUAGUAGAACUGCAAACAAAACUUAAUUCGUCUAUAUCAACACGGCAACUGACCAAUUUCACAAUACAAAGUAGCGCCAAUUCGAAUCGUUUGCAAAUAACAAAUAUGGGCACAACACCUAUUGAUGACAAAAGCGCUGCGGCCACAGCAAUAGAAACGUCUGCUGCACAAUCAAAAAUGCUACAUAACGGUAAUAAUGCUGAUUUAUUAACUAGCACACAAUUGCCGCACACAUCGUUAACAAUGCCGGGGCCUGUAAACUCGCAAUUGGUGCAGUUAACGAAUACAUCGCAAAGUCUCAUAUCACCAUUAGCCGACAAACAGCCCGCUGCUAUUCUGUGCGGUCUACCACCGAAUGCGGUUAUUACAGGUGUGACGCCAGCACCAAAGGAAGCGCCAUACGGCACUACAAUCUAUAUUUCCAAUAUCUCUUCCGCCGUGCCAGUAGUCGCUAAUGGCGCGCAAAGUCAGGACAAACAAUUUGCGCCAACUCUUGAAACCAAUGCACAGACUUCAGCCAAAACCAGUAGUCAAGCAGUUGCCAAUACGCUUGAAAAUAUGUCCAACGUUAGAUUUCUAACACCUGACGUACGUGUUACGGCGACAGGUGAUGCCACUGCAAAUGAAUUGUUUAGCACGCCCGUUUUGACAACAAUGAGUAAUACUAAUCCCGGCUUGGUCUCAUUGCCUGUCAGUCAACAACAGCAUAGCACUUGCGACAAGCGAGGAACUGUAGGCAUUUCGACACAAGCGUCAACAGCUGAAAACACAGUGAAGGUCACAACUGCCGCCGAACGUCACAACACAUCAGGUGAGUUGAAAUCUUCGACCAGCAUCACACCGGGUGAUUGGAAACGCUUUCUAUUGGGUGAUAAUGGUAAACGUUCAACUAUCGGUUCGACAACAAUCACUAAAAUGGCUGAUAAAAUUGAAACGGAUGGCAAACUGGUGAUGAAUAUUGAGGGUGAUGAAUUUGAACCUGCUGCAUCGGUACUUAUUAAACCAAAUGCGACUACUUCACUAACCACUGAAGCGCAUGAGUUGCCAUUGGUUGCUGGUGUGGAGCUAAAUACAAAUAAAUGCAACUUAAAGGGCACCACAGCAAUUACAAUCGGUCAGUCUACAGCGAUUGCUACGAAGCCGAAAACAACAACAAAAACUGCUACGACUGUCGCUAAAAAACCAAAUACAUCGGCGACAAAUACGUCGAUUACGAAUUUACGUUUUAAAUCAUUGCCGCUACAAAAAGAGCCAAAAACCGCAAUACCGGUAACAACAACGACGGUUAUUUUUAAAUCAUCUGCACCGACACUCAGCGUAGCGACAAGAACUAAACCAACUACAUUAAAUUUAACAGCUGCCAUGUCGAAAGCGCCAAGUACUUCCAUAACAAUAGCUAAUAGUAUGCAUCAACCUUUGAAACAGCAACUAAAAAUACCGCCACGCUCAAUGAAGCCGUCAAAGGCACAAACGCUUGCUGCUCGUCAAUCGUUAACGAGCUCGUCGCGCAGUUUAAUAAACUCGCCAAUAACAAAUGGCGCUAGUGUUAACUCGCCAAAACCGUUAAUAAAUAUUAGACCAGCAAUUCCAAUACCACAACGUGCGGCGAGCGCCACAAAAGCUAACACACAACGUUUAAGCGAUUCGGCACUAUUUACGCCAAAUAUGCUUAAUAAUAGGCGGCUGAGUGUACCAAAUGUGGCCACAAAGCCAGCUGAAACUGUUAAAAAUAAAACACAAUUAGCAAAAACUAAGACGAGUGAACAAUAUGGUGUGUUUUGUUCAAGCUCGAAUGAUGGUGCGCCGCGCUUUUGGGCGAAGCGUAUGCAUAAUUCAUAUUUAAUUAAAGUACCGGGCCUAAGUAGCGUUGUGCAUCGUAUAGACUUGGAAAGUGCUGACACUUAUUUGAACCAGCAUCUGCUGAAACAGAGUCCCGCCAUGAAAUCGAAGCUUCCAAUUAAGUGGAAGUUUGUGCCAUCUGAACAAUUGAAUCUGCCAAUUAAGAGAUUGACAACUAAGAAGCAUGAAAAGAUUGUUGUGCGUUGUGCAAAGCCAGUAGAAAAUAGCGCAUCAUCGGAGUCCAAAGUCGUGCAGUUGGCUACUGAUGGCAAUGUUGUAAAAGACGCUGACAAUGCGGCUACCACAACAUUAGAUAAAAAAUGUUGUGAACCAAUUCUUAUCGAAGAUUAAACACUAUAAAAGACAUUAAUUUUAUACUUGAAGUCAAAUAUGCUUAUCUUUUAUACAUACUUACAUAUAACCCUUGUUAAGCUUAUCUAUUUUGAAAGGAAUUGAAUCUCAUUUAUCAGUUAAUGUUAUUAUUACUAUUAUUAUUAUUUUUUAAUUAACUUAAAUGUAACUUAGUAUAACACAUCGGUUAUGCGUGGUUCAUUCCGUAGUAGUUUUAGUCGCUUUAUGCUGUUAAAGUACUCACAAACGGUUUGUAAAAAUGAAAAUAUGUUCCAAGGCUCGUUUUUAUUUUUGUUUGCUUUUAAUGUACGAGUAUGUUGCUGAAAUUUUAAGUAUAUAUUAGUUUGCUUUUUUUUUUUGAAUAGCGCUUGUGUACAUCGUUGUACUUGCACAAAGUAUAAAUAAGAAAUGAGUUAUUAAAUUACCUGUAAAAUAAUAAAUACCAUAUUAAAAUGAAGUAAAAUGAAUGCGUUCAACAAUUACUUUGGUACUUAA